AUGUCAAAUCUCGAAGAACUUUUUAAAGACAGAUACACUGCCGAGAAUGAAAGAUAUGCGAAAAUAUCAGAAGGAUUCGAAAAAGUUGUGAUUGUUCAUCCAUGGAACACACAACGCGGAGGAGGAGAUCGCAGAAAUUUCAAUAAUCGGUUAGUUAUCUCAAUUUUAUUAGAAUGAAAAUCGAUUUUCUGUUCAGAGGUCGUGGCGGUUUUCGUGGAAGUUGGCGAGGAGGAAAUAACAAUCAAGGAUGGAGAGGUGGAAAUGGUGGCGGAGGAGGAGGUCAGUUCAUUUGCAUUUUUUGAAAAAAAAACUAUGAACUAAAAAAUUUAGAUCGGCGAAGACACUACAAUGAUCGCAACUAA